AAAUCAAAUUUUGUCAGUUUUCGCAGGUGGUGUGCAAAAAGUUGUGAAACGGUGAUGGUGUUAAACAAAGUGUUGCAUAAAUAGAACGUUCGUUCGAAGUUAAUUUUCUAUCGGAUUUGCGGGACGGUUUGGGAUUCUUACCUGCCAGGGGAAAUCCUGCUGAAUUAUUUGACUCGCAAGACGUCGUUACGGAUACGCCAAAAUGGUCGUAGGGGCUUUUCCGGCCGCCAAAUUGGGCGUGCUGGCAAUGAAACAAAUCUCAAAACCGAUUGCCACCCUGCUGAAGGAGCGAGCCAAGAAUAGUCCAUUCUUUCGGAAGUAUGUUUGCAUGCCGCCGGCGCAGUUCUACAAUUGGAUGGAAGUGAAGACCAAAAUGUGGGCGAUGAACCUCGGGAAGCCCACCAACGUGCCAGUUCUGAACGAAGCAAUGGCCAUAGAACUGGGAGCGAACCUGUUAGGUGAAAUAGUCAUUUUUACCAUCGGUGCCGGUUUACUCUUGCUGGAGUAUCAGAGGCAAGUCCGAAAGGAGGCCACGAAAGAAGAAAUGGUCAUACAGGAGAAGCUGGAACUGCAAGCCACAAUCAAUGAAUUGAUUUUUCAGGUGCAACGGCAGGAUACUCAAAUUAGGGAAAUGGCUCGAGUUGUAGCUGAUUUAGAAUCUAAAUCAUCUUGGAAGCCGAAAAUUUUGGCUGAUUUAACCAGUAAGAGAAACAGUGCCGAACAACCGUUGUAUAUUCCGGAUAAUCCAACGGGCAGUCCAUCAUCCGCCAGCAGCGGUAACUCCGGAGUAGUAACAAAAGCAUUGAAUGUGAUUGAAAACGAAGUCUUUUAUAGAGAAAGCCAACCGGACGGCGAUGAAGACGAUGAAUCCGGACGACGGUCGGGCGUCGUCACGAAAGCCUUAGUCUAUCUGGUGGGUGACUCUACCAGCCAAACUAGUAGAUAAAUUUCAUUUGUGUUGUCCGUAUUGCUCUUAGGUUGUUGUUUUGUAAAUAGGCAUCGUGCGGUGUGCAUAGGCUAUUGUAUUGACUCGAAAGGAUUUUGUUUGAAUAAAAAGACAUGCCCCAGUUACUGCUUAGCACAA